CUGCGCCGUCCCACAAACCAUAGUCAUAGGCUGUAGGUGAACUUUGGAACAAUCCAGCAAGCCCAGCCCACUGACUCGGCACUAGACAGAAAAUGUGGCACUUGGAUGUAUAGAUCAUUGUUCCACUCUGUUCCAUAAGGGGAUCAGACUCUUCAGUAAAGAUAUACAAUGGCAUUUGAUUAUUUCCUGUACAAAGGGGUAAAGUUUUCCCCAGGCUCGUACUCAGAAGAAUUGCUUAAUUCUGUAGAGAAUGAAUUCCAAGUGCUGGAUGAUGAUGUUUACAUUGUGACCUAUCCGAAAUCUGGGACUAAUUGGCUGAUAGAGAUUUUGAGUCUUAUCAAGAAAGAUGCAGACCCUAACUGGGUAAACAGCGUGGUAAUAUGGCUGAGAUCUCCUUGGAUUGAAACUAAAGAGGGACAGCAGCAAAUAAAGGACGUAUCCCGCCCAAGGGUUCUAACAUCUCACCUACCAUUCCAUAUUUUUCCCAAGUCUUUCUUUACAUCCAAAGCCAAGAUCAUUUAUGUAAUGAGGAAUCCAAAGGAUAUUUUUGUGUCGCUCUUUUUUUUUGCAAAGAUAAUCUGCCAUUACAAAGACCCUGAAAGCUUUGAGCAAUACUUAGAAGACUUUCUGCAAGGGAAUAUUCUUUAUAACUCUUGGUUUGAUCACGUCAAAGGAUGGAUGCAGAUGAAAGACAAUAGCAACUUCUUUAUAGUAACUUACGAGGAACUCCACCAGGAUCUGCGAGGCUGCAUCACGAGAAUCUGUAAAUUCAUUGGGAAAGAACUUGAUGAUGCCAAAAUCGAUUUGAUUGCGAAGCACUCGUCUUUUGAAGUCAUGAAGGAAAACAAGAUGUCCAACUAUAGCCUUGGCACAAAAGAAUUUAUUGAUCACACAAAAGGCAGUUUUAUGCGGAAAGGAAUGGCUGGGGACUGGAAGAACCAUUUCACCGUGGCCCAAAGUGAACACUUUGAUAGAGUCUAUCAGGAGAAGAUGAAGGAUCUAAACGUGAAAUUCUUCUGGGAAGGAAAAUGAGUGUUUCCUCCUUCUCUUUUCUGUUUUAUAUUAUUAAAUAUCUAUAUAGUUGUGCCUUA